AUGCAAAAUAAUUUAGAAGUCAAUACUUUACAUCGAAAUAGAAAAAAUCAUUUUUAUGCUAUAACAAUCAUUCUAUUACUGAUUUUGGUUAUUUUAUUAUUAAUUCUAUAUGUCAUUGAAAUCAGCAGAACAAAAGAUAACACGAAUGAUUUGUGUUUAACACCGUAUUGCAUCAAAGCAGCUAAUUAUUUGCUCGAAAGUAUCGAUGAAACAAUUGAUCCUUGUGAAAAUUUUUAUGAAUUUGCUUGUGGUAAAUGGAUAAAAAAUGCCAUAAUACCACCUGAAAGUGGCGAAGAACGUUCGAUAUCACAAAUAGUAAAACAAUUACAACAUUCACUUAUCAAUUUAUUAGCAUCGAAUGGGACAGAAAAAUCUAAAGCAAUUAUGAAUGCUCAUCGCUUAUAUAAUUCCUGUAUAGAUGAAGAUGCUAUUGAAAAAGAAGGUAUCGAUGCAAUACUAUCAUUGGUCAAUCAAGAACUUGGAGGAUGGCCUGUUUUACAAGGAUCAACUUGGAAUGAAUCAAAAUAUGAUUUUGAUCGAUUAAUUUUGAAACUAAGUGAAUAUAAUAAUUAUAUUUUAUUUACAGUAAAGACAGAUGUUGAUGAGACAAAUUCAUUUAUACGAAAUAUUCAUCUUGGUCCUUCUAAUAUUGUUUCGGAAAAUUUAAUUCACUUUUCAAAAGGAAUCAAAGUAUUAAAUGCUUAUGAAACAUUCUUUGAGAAUUUAACUCGAGCAUUAACAAAUGACUCAUCGACAAUCGACAAUGAUCUGGUUGAUUUACUAAAAUUUGAAACGGACUUUUUUCAACAAUAUAUAACACAAGAUCGAUUAGUUUUUAAUGACACUAUUCGUACAACAAUCAAUAAUCUUUCACAUACAAUGAACACCAGUUUCGAUUUUUCAAAUUAUGUUCGUCGUCUAUAUUUAUUUGCUAAUAUCUCUCUGGUUGAUACAGAUAUUGUAACUGUCUAUGCACCAAAUAUUCUUCGUUUUAUUUCAUCAAUUAUUGAUCAACAAUCACCACGUNCUAUACGUGUAGUUUAUCAAAAAUAUAAGAUGCAACGUGCUCGUACUUGGCAUACUACUCGGAAAUUGACAAUUCAACUAUUGUCAAUUUCGUUUCUUUAUCUGUCAAUUUAUUUGCCUACAAUAAUAUUUGCACUGAUUCGACUUUGAUUUGGACAGUUGGAUGAUCGUCUGGUAGAGAUUGUAAAGCAAUUUCCAAUGCUAAUUCAAAAUUAUUCUUGGCUAAUUCAAUAUCAUUAUUCAUUCGAUGAAUAUUACCAAUAUUAUUUUUUAUGUGAUUUUUCAUGUUAUGAUUGUUCUGAAAAUAUUCUGGACUAUACACUUACAGAUGAAACAGUUCCUACACAAUUUAAUAAUUGCACACUUGUAACUGGUCGAUUAUAUUGUUAUAUACAUGUCCAAUGGGAACAAAAUCCAGCAAAAACUAAACUUCAGAUAUCUGGUUAUCAAUAUUGGAAAUUAGAUAUUAUGGGUCAUGAUCUAGAAGCAAGAGCUUCUAUUAGUUACGAUGAAUCACAAUUAAAAUGGUCUAAAGUGAUACGAUAUCGAUGUUUAACUAAUGAAUGUAAUAGUCCAACAAGACUGACAUAUUUAUUAAAGUCAUUAAAAUUUGUUAAUAGAUUAGAACAACUUCAAUAUCUUAUCGAACCAAAUGAAACAUUUGAUGGACAAGGAUGUCUUGUAUAUUAUAAUGAAACUGGGAAACAAAUAUCAUUACCAACACAAGUUCAUCGAUCGGCGCCUCAACAAUGUAGAACUAUGAUAAAGAUAGAACCUAAGAGAAAAAAAUCGAUAUCAAUAAUCGAAUUCGUUCGUCUAAUUUAUAUAUAA